AGGGCGUGGCAUUGUAGGUGUGGUUUAUUUCAAGAUUGUUUUCCCUUUCCUAAGCUUUUCUGGGUCCAAAUGCACCUCCACUUGUUCCUAAAAUGAGAAUAACAAAGCAGUUGCUCCAUAAGACUGUACCAUGUCCUCUUGAAAGACUGUCAUACCUGGACCUAUCAUCAAUGAGAAUACGUCCAAAUGCACCUCCAGCUGUUCCAACAAUGAGAAUAACAAAGCAGUUGCUCCAUAAGACUGUACCAUGUCCUCUUGAAAGACUGUCAUACCUGGACCUAUCAUCAAUGAGAAUACCUUAUAUAGAGCAGUUGGAUGACUGUCAGAAGCUCCAUACAUUAAUACUGGAGGAUAAUGUGAUUGACAGUAUCAGUAACAUUGAGUGGUGCAGGGAACUCUGGACCAUUGACCUAUCAGGGAACAGAGUUAAAAGUCUUCAAGGUCUAUCCAGGUUCCCUGCUAUUGGUUCGUUAGUAUUAAACAAUAACAAUAUUGAUUGGAAUGAGUUGAAGAGACUGUCCCAUAUGUAUAUACUCUCACUGUCUCUGACUGGAAACAAUAAACUUACCAAUGACAAUAACUACAGGUCUCAUGUCAUUGAUAUAAUACCUCAUCUCUGGAUGCUUGAUGGACAACUAGUCACUGCUGGAGAGAGAAAACGUGUUCAAAAUUUCUUUGCAACUUCAUCAACUAGUGGCACCCAUCCAGUGUGGCGGAAGGUUAGCAGUCAGUCAGUUUUUGUUCCAUCAAAUUUACAGAAUUUACUAGUCACAGGAAUAUAUGGAGAGAGGACAACCCAACUAAUGGCAAAGUUCCCAAUGAAAUACAGUCACAAUAUUGAACUGGACAAGAAGAGACUGAUGUACCUGUCAUUUCUAAUGGAGGAAGAAAUGAAAAUUGAAAAUGAGUACAGAGAAAUGAAAGGUGAGAGUAGUUAUGAAGUUCCUCCAUUGCAGCAGUUGAUGGAGCAAAGGAAGACAGAGACUGAACAAUGCAACAUGUUACUGCUGCUACUAGUGGAAGGUGGUCUUUAUCCACAGUUAUAUCAGGGGCUACAAUUAUUAAUUAGUUGCUAUACUAGAAAAACAACAAACAGAGAAAACACAAGUCCCACUAGAUGCUGUACUCCUGCUUCCUCCACCUCUACAGUAUCAACUGGUAUUAGCCACUCCUUAGCCACACCUACUGCCCCGCCCCCUACUCGCAGAGGCUCCGCCCAGUACAGGCAGUACAGGUGUCUAUUAGCGUCUGAGGUGGUUCAUUUAAUGUGUCUAGUACCAGUAUUCUUCCAUCAUCUGGACUCUAAUAAUGGUGUACUGGAGAUGGUAUCAGUGGCUACUAAUGAUACUAACAUUGGUAGUGUCAUUAACCACAUAGCCUGGAGGAUACAGAGCAAUGGAGGUGAUGUGUGGGAUCUUUAUCAUGAAAUAGCCACUUACCUGUUACAAGCUACCACCACUAACGUAUUCUCUAAGAGACACCACAACAGGUCACUGACUGUCCAUCAGAAACAAACCAGUCACUCAUCACCAGUCAAAUCAGCCUCUUCUCAAAUAUUCCAAGUCCCCAGGCGGUCCUCCUCCCCUGUCCCUCCCCCCAGGCGUGUAUCAUCAGCUGGUCCAUCAGUACCCACUGGGAGGAGACAGAGGACAGCACUUCAACCUGAAUUAGGUGAUAAAGUCUUAUGUGCACCUGAAAGGAUGGCUAGGAUAGUAGCUCUACCAGAGCCUCAUGUUGCUGUCCUUCAGCUCACCGAGGUUAAAGGAAUCUCAGGGGGCCCCCCUGACUCAUAUUUCUACACUGAUCCAAGGGGUCUGGUGUGGGACAGUAGAUUGGGUCACUGGUCUAAGGAUGAACUGGGGUCUGAUCUCAGUGUAGGGAGACUGCAUACUGAUCCCCAUGAGUGCUACAGUUCAAUGAUCAUUAGGAGCCCUAGCCCUGAGACACAUACCACUGGAUACACUAGACCUUCAUCUCAGAUCAGCUACUUAUCAGAGGAUCUACAGACCAUACCAUCAGUUGAAGAGCUAUCACUGGUAGAUGAUGAUACUGUCAUACCAGAAGAAGAAGAUGAACAAGUUGCUGUAUCUAGUGAAGUACCAAUGAAAGUUGAUAUCAGCAGAGGAGAGAGAGAGAGGAGGAGAGAGGGAGGGAGAGAGAGUCCUAUUGCAAUGAUGACACAAAGACCAAAGACACCAGAAGAAACAGGUUUGACCAGUUUUUAAUGAUUGACUAUAAGUACAUGUAGUUUAUAUCAAAUACUUGCAAUCAUGUGUCAUUGAACAUUUGAAGAAUAAAGCAAAAGUUUAGUAAUUGCA